AUCCUUUUUCGUCAGUGUUAACGGAAGUGAACAUUAAAUCAAGAACAAUUUUGUACGUUAGUGUUUUUGAUUGUUGUUAUUUAGACGUUUAUUAACACCCUGGAACUCAACAUAUGACAAAUUUAUCUGCAAAGAAUCACAUACCCCAGCUAGUAUUUAAUUCGCGUUGGAGACUGGAUUUGGUUGAUAGAUGUUAUUUAAGUAAAGCUAGCUAGUAGCUGCUAACAAUGGCUAAACGUAUGGUUUUUCACACUCAAAUAGCCUCCAUUAUGGAGGUGCUAGCGAAUGCAGCCGUGGCAGAGAUCUGUAAACUCGUCGACGACGACUAUGCAGUGUUUUGUUUGGAAAUAACUCAAAGCCAGAAAGAAAACAGGACAUUGCGGGCAGAACUGAAAGUGGCACGGGAGCGCGCAGAGAAGACAGCGCGAGAGCGCGCCCUGGCUUCCCGUCCCAGUAGUGUCAAGAUCCUCGACCGAUACAGAGGAAUGGCAAGAGGUGAAGGCCACAGGAGCUUUAUGAAGCCAGUGGGACACAAUGCGUGGAGAGAUGACCAACCCAUAGCUAUAGAUGAGGGGAGUGGAACCUCAACCCAGCAUGUUAUCGUGGAAGAGUCUGCAGAUGCAGAGGCUGCAGGCCCUGGGGUCAAGCUGGAGAGGUCUGAAGGAGAGGACCCACGGCACAGCAGAGACAUCCAGGAUGGUGCCGCGUCUGGAGUGGCACCCCCUGUAGCCAUGGAGGACCCCACCACCACACCAGCGCUGCCCAGGACCCGACACAGCAUCACGGACGUCAGUGGAACGCUGAAUGCUGUCCUGAAGUCAGAGACAGACACUACGACUUUAACAGUACUGGAGCGACUGGGCAGUCCUCCUGAUCGCCACUCUGAGUAUUUACUUUACGGGAGCCCGAGGAAGGUUCUGUCUCAUCAGGACAGUGACACGUUACAGAAUAGCAAUGAUCCGUCAUAUUCAUACACUACAGAGACAGAGAUGAUACCUGAUGACAUGCCUGUGGGCUUAGAUACACAGACUAAUCCAAUGAGAGGGGACUGGAACCAGUACAGCAGUAGUAUAUACUCUGAAGGGUCCCUAGAUAAGAAAGGGGAGGGUCUGGUUGUAGAUGAGGUGACUGUGAAGGAGGAGGGCGACCCUCCUCUGACAUGGAAUGCAGACGACACUCACUUAGGAGAAGGACAGUCACAGGGCAACACUAGUGACUUCUUAGACUACAGGGAAAGCUUAGAGCCAAAUCCAAAUAUCGCAACCCACUCCCCUUUACACGCGUUCAGGGAUUCAGACCCAGAGUCCACAUCGAUGGCACCUUCCAAUUCACACGGCUGUGUCCUUUUCGAUCAGGUAUUGAAUUCAAAGGAUGUAAGGUCCAAGACUCGAGGAGGGGGAGCAGCAUCAGGCAACAGUAAAGAGAAACAGUUCCUCUGCAUGUUCUGUAAGAAAGGCUUCAGCUGCCCCCAGAAGGUGGAGAUCCACCAGAGGGUCCAUACAGGGGAGAAAUUAUUUAGUUGUACCCAGUGUCACAUGCGCUUCACCCAGGCUGGCACCCUGAAGAGACACCAGAGGGUCCACACAGGGGAGAAACCCUUCAGCUGUACCCAGUGUCACAUGCGCUUCACACAGUCUGGCAACCUGAAGAUUCACCAGAGGGUCCACAUAGGGGUGAAACCCUUCAGCUGUACCCAGUGUCACAUGUGCUUCUCCCAGGCUUGGAACCUGAAGAGCCACCAGAGGGUCCACUCAGGUGAGAAACCCUUCAGCUGUCCCCAGUGUCACAUGAGCUUCUCCCACUCGUCCAGCCUGAAGAGGCACCAGAGGGUCCACACGGGGAAGAAAAUGUACAGCUGCCACUAGUUUGGAAAUACUUUUCCCGCACCAGAACCAGCUGAAGAUGCACCUGAAGCUUCACAUGGGAGAAAGGCAGUUUGCCUGUGAGCACUGCAGGAAGAGGUUCUCAUAGGACCUACCUCAGGAUACACCAGCAGAAAAAACAUUUCAUUAUAUAACGUAGAAAGUAACCAUUCCACUUGAUAGCUUCUGACGUUUAGAUCAAACCUUGCAUUGAAGACAAAGAUACAUUCCGAUUUAGAAUUAGAAGAGUAACAGAUUUCAGUGUUGAAUAUUCCUGUGUAGAAUAUUGCAGCCAGGCAGUGGCUGUGUCCGAAUACCCAUACUAGCGUACUUCAUACUUAAACUGCAUAUUCAUUUUGGCAUUUGAUCUAGUAGAAUUCACUAAUGUUUUCCAACUCAUGUGUUUGAUAACAGCUGAUAAUCCAAGAAAUUGAUGCGCUGUAUAAAAAUGAAAGCAUGGUGGGAGUGGGGGGGGGCUCUUCUGUCUUAACAUCAGGGGGAAGCUGGUUCAACCAUUUGGGUGCCAGGACAGAGAAGCGCUUUGACUGGGCUGAGUGGGGGCUGUACCCCGUAGGGGUGGGACGGCCAAGAGACCCGAGGAGGCAGAACAUAGUGCUUGGGUUGGGGUGUUGGGUUUGAGCAUAGCCUGAAGUUAGGGAGGGGCAGUUCCCCUUGCUGCUCUGUAGGCAAGCACCUUGGUCUUGUCGUGGAUGUGAGCUUUGACUGGAAGCCAGUAGUGUGCCAAAGAGCAGUUGAACACUUUGGGAAGGUUGAACACCAGGCGGGGUGCGGCAUUCUGGAUAAGUUGCAGGGGUUUGAUGGCACAAGCAGGGAGCCCAUCCAAGAGAGUUGCAGUAGUCUAGACUGGAGAUGACGACAAGAGCCUGGAUUAGGACCGGCACCACUUCCUGUGUGAGGAAGGGUCGUACUCUACUGUUGUAGAGCAUGAACCUGCAGGAAAGUCACUGCUUUGAUGUUUGCAGAGAAUGACAGGGUGUUUGUUGUCCAAGGUCACGCCAAGGGUCUUUGCACUCUGGUAGGGGGACACAGUGGAGAUGUCAACCAUGAUGGAGAAGUCUUGGAGUGGGCAGACCUUCCCAGGGAGAAAGAGCAGUUAUGUCAUGUCGAGGUUGAGCUUGAGGUGGUGGGCCGACCUCCAAGCUGAGAUGUCUGCUAAGCACACAGAGAUGCGUGUUUGUGUGGUUUUCAUAUGGUGUAUUUAACACUUGUUUAUGUUUAAUAAACACAAUGGGACUUUUCA